AUGUCUCUUCUGGGUUGGAGUCAAAUCUUGUGGGUAUGCUUUUUCAUAAUAUUGAUGCUGUUAAAUUAAUUAUUAAUUAAUUCAUUAUGGAAGAGGAAGGAUGUAAAUAAGUGCAGAACUAUAUUUUAUGUAAAUUUAUUUGUUCAACAAGAGCGCACAUUGGGCUAAGGAACUUUUGGCAAGGUCAAACUAGGUUACCAUACUAUUGCUGACGAAUAUGUAAGAUUGAACCUAAAAUUAUAAGGUAGCAAUAAAAAUACUCGAAAAAAGUAGAAUAGAAAAUCAAUGUGAUUUAAUAAGAGUUUAAAGGGAAAUCUCCAUCCUAAGAAAGGUAUGUCAUCCUAAUGUAAUCAAAUUGUAUGAGGUAAUUCUAUCAUAACCAAAACAAGAUCUUAGAAUCUGAGUCAUGUGUCUAUCUCGUGAUGGAAUAUGUAAAGGGUGGAGAAUUGUAUGAAUACAUAAUAAAGAAGAAAUAGUAAUCUGAAUCCUAAAUGAAAUUAGCCUGCCAGAGCAUAUAGCAGUUCGCUACUUUUAGUAGUUAGUCUUUGCAACAGAAUAUUUACAUUCAUAAAAUAUAACUCACAGAGAUCUGAAACCAGAAAAUCUUUUGCUCGAUGAGAAUAGAUAACUUAAGAUUGCGGAUUUUGGACUCAGUUUCAUCUCUUAAACUAAAGGUGAAUAUCUUAAAACUGCUUGCGGAUCACCUUGUUAUGCUGCACCAGAAAUGCUUGGUAUUAGUUUAAAUUAACAAGUUGGUAAAACUUAUGAGGGAACUAAAAGUGACAUCUGGAGUUGCGGCAUUAUUUUAUUUGCUAUGUUAUGUGGAUAUCUACCUUUUGAACAUGAGAACACAUAAUAAUUAUAUGAAUUAAUAAAGAAUAGUGAUUUUGAAAAACCAGAACACCUAUCGAAAAAUGCCCUGGAUAUGCUAACCAAAAUUCUGGUUAAAGAUCCUAGUAGACGAUAUAACUUUGAUUAAAUCAAGUAACACCCAUUUUUUUAGUUGCAUUCUUCAAUCCCAACUAAGAAUUUAAGUUUGACUGAUUAAAACAUUAUUUAAAAGAUGAUAGAAAUGGGAUAUUAACAAAAUUAAAUUAUCGUCUAAUUGCAAUCAAAUAAGCAUAAUACUUUAACCACAAUUUAUUUCCUUUUAUAAAAAAAAUACAAUCAAACUCAUAGACAAAGCUUUUUUUAAAAUAUUUAAAAUAUCGGAAAUCUAAAACUUGAUAUUAAUCAAAAAAGAUUCACUCUUGCCAAAUUCUAACCUUCUCAAUAGGGAUCACCUAUUCUGGAUAAAAUUGAUAAGAUUAAAAAAUCGAUUAGAUCCAGAUUAGAUAAUUCCCCUUAUUUAAAAACUUAGAUCUCAUAAAGAUUUAAGAAAGUUAAUUUAUCUGUCUAAUCUAAACGAGUCAGUAUUCAAAUCGAAAACUAAAGACAAAAAACAAAUUCUGUUUAAGAAAAACAUUAUGAGUAUCCUUGCAUCUUCACAUCCAAUAUCUCCGAUUAGAAGUAAUAAUAAUAAAUAGAACAAACAAAAUCUAGAAUUCAAUCAAGAAAGAACUCCAAAAAUCAGGCACCUUACAAAAUUUUGUAAAGAAGAAAUAUAGAACAAGCUCUAAAAACAGACUUUAAUGAAGAGUACUAAAGUAAUUAGAAAGCUAUUUACGCUUAAGUAAGACAAAGAAAUAAAACACAACCACAUAAAAGUGAAGAUGGGCAAAAAUACUUUGAUAAAGGUACCAAAUUGAAUACAUCUCAUUAAGUACUAAAUAAUUAAAUUAGAUGGUGGAAAAGACACCAUAACAUUCCCCUUACAUAAAUAUGAACUUCAGUAAUCAUCGACAAUUGUUUAAAUAGAUUUAUAAUGGAAACUUACAGGAUUAUAUGAAGAAAAAAAGAGAUCUUAAGACGUAAAAAUUGACGAAUGAUCAGCCCUGA